GGGAGGGAGGGAGUCGUGAACGCGCUCGGUGCUGGUGGGAGGUCCGCCGGCUUCAUCUUCUCCAGCGUCUAUCCAACAGCGAUGAUUCUAGUGUCCUGUGUAACGGUGCUGAUGCUGUUCGGUCUGACUGACAGCAGUGUUGGCCCUAGUAAUUCAUCCAGCAGUUACUGCACAGAGUCCAGAGAAUGUCUUCAAUUUGAUCUGAUCUGCAAGACGGAUCAGUAUGAAGUACGUCGUUACUCGUCCACGCGGUGGGUCUCUACAGACGCUGAGGCCUAUUUCCUCGGGGUGGGCGCGGCUAUGGCCUUCAGACGUCUCUAUCAUUAUAUAUCUGGAGAGAAUGAAGAAGGUGUAAUGUUUGAAAUGACCGCUCCUGUACUCGUCAAAGUCCCUGAAGAAACAAAGAUGUGGGAACCGGCGAUCUACACGCUCAGCUUCCUGCUUCCAUCGGCCUAUCAGGAGAAGCCGCCCACUCCCACCAAUGACAAGCUGUAUUUCUCUGACAUGCCCGACAUGGACGUGUAUGUGAGGGUUUAUGGCGGCUGGAUGCUGUCAAUCAUCUCUCGGCUUCACGCCCACCUGCUGACCAAAGCACUGCUCAAAGCCGACGCCCACUUCAACCACACACACCACUACGCUGUGGGUUAUGACAGUCCUCUGAAGUUGUUGAACAGGCACAAUGAAGUGUGGUUUGUGGUAGAAGGAGAUCCAGUUUGUGAAGAUCCAGAUCACACAAUGAACUCUACUGACACACACUAAACAGGAGGAAGAAUGUGGCCUUCAGUGUCACGGGUUGAAUUCACAGAGAAAUGAUGUUACUGCUGAUGAUGACAAUUUCAUAUAUAGAUGAUGCUUUCAAUAUAGAAAUGAAUCUGCCCCAAAUAUAAAAUAUCUGAUCUGUAAUGUGUAACCCAAAGCACAAGCGUGUGUUGAGUUCUAUUUGAUCGGAUAUAACUGUAUGCAAUAAUUCAUGUAUCUCAGCUCAAUUCUUUGGUGUGUUUGGAGUUCUGUAAGUGCGAGUGUUUGUCUGGAAGACUCUGGAGAUCAAUAAAGACAUGAUGCUCGUCAGUGCCGUGUACGGUUGUGUUUAUUUAUGUUGGGCACACAGCUCUGAUCACGCUGAUGACAUCACACAGACCCUGAAGACCUUUGAGGUGGAGAAUAUACUGUAUAUAAAACCAUCAAUGAAUCCCAAUUCUUUAACUUGGUUAUGGAUUUGUGUCGUUUGAACAUACAGUCGA